AUGGCUCUCUGUGCAUUUGCAUUCCCCGGGAAUUUGAGCAUGGCAGUGGGUGCAGAACCUUAAAGGCACACAAGUUUAUGGUCUCACUGGCUCCAUGAAACAGAUCCGCAGUGUCAAGUUUAUUGCAAGAAUAGGCAGGUAAGGAAGAGGGCAGCUGAGGUCUGUGCAACCUUAUCCGAGAGAGGGGAGUAUCAUUCACAGAGGCCACCUACUCCUCUCUUGGACACUAUCAACUAUCCUAUUCACAUGAAAAAUCUGUCGACUAAGGAACUGAAACAACUUGCAGAUGAGUUACGGUCUGAUGUUAUAUUCAACGUUUCAAAGACGGGAGGUCAUCUUGGCUCGAGCCUUGGUGUUAUUGAGCUCACCGUGGCUCUUCAUUACGUAUUUAAUGCUCCUCGAGAUAGAAUACUUUGGGAUGUUGGUCACCAGUCAUAUCCACAUAAGAUUUUGACUGGUAGAAGAGACAAGAUGCAUACAUUGAGACAGACAAAUGGUCUGUCUGGUUUUACUAAGCGCUCUGAGAGUGAUUAUGAUUGCUUUGGUACCGGCCACAGUUCGACAACUAUCUCAGCAGGCCUAGGAAUGGCUGUUGGAAGGGAUCUAAAAGGAAGAAACAACAAUGUAGUAGCUGUAAUAGGUGAUGGUGCGAUGACAGCAGGUCAGGCUUAUGAAGCAAUGAACAAUGCUGGAUACCUCGACUCUGACAUGAUUGUUAUUCUUAAUGACAACAAACAAGUCUCGUUACCCACUGCCAAUCUAGACGGCCCAAUUCCUCCUGUUGGAGCUUUAAGUAGUGCCCUGAGUAGGUUGCAGUCCAACGAGCCACUUAGAGAACUAAGAGAAGUUGCCAAGGGAGUUACUAAACAGAUAGGUGGGCCCAUGCAUGAUCUUGCAGUAAAAGUUGAUGAAUAUGCUCGUGGCUUGAUCAGCGGUUCUGGAUCUGCAUUAUUUGAAGAGCUGGGACUUUAUUACAUUGGUCCUGUUGAUGGCCACAAUAUUGAUGAUCUAAUUGCUAUUCUUAAAGAAGUUAAGAGUACUGAAACAACAGGUCCAGUGUUAAUCCACGUUGUCACCGAGAAAGGCAGAGGUUAUCCAUACGCUGAGAAAGCUGCAGACAAGUACCAUGGUGUCACUAAGUUUGAUCCAGCAACUGGAAAACAAUUUAAAUCCAAUGCCCUGACUCAGACAUACACAACUUACUUUGCAGAGGCUCUGAUAGCAGAAGCGGAAGCUGACGAGGACAUUGUUGCAAUCCACGCAGCAAUGGGAGGUGGGACGGGUUUGAACCUUUUCUCGCGUCACUUCCCAACGAGGUGUUUUGAUGUCGGUAUAGCAGAACAGCAUGCCGUAACUUUUGCUGCGGGUUUGGCCUGCGAAGGCCUUAAACCUUUUUGUGCAAUCUACUCAUCCUUCAUGCAAAGGGCUUAUGACCAGGUAGUACAUGAUGUGGAUUUGCAGAAGCUACCCGUGAGGUUUGCUUUGGACAGAGCUAGCUUAGUUGGAGCGGACGGUCCUACACACUGUGGGGCGUUUGAUGUUACUUUUAUGGCAUGCCUUCCAAACAUGGUGGUGAUGGCUCCUUCUGAUGAGGCCGAGCUAUUUCACAUGGUUGCAACUGCGGCUGCUAUUGAUGAUAGACCAAGCUGUUUCCGCUAUCCAAGAGGAAACGGGGAGGGCGUAGAGCUGCCCCCAGGAAACAAAGGCAUUCCUCUCGAGGUUGGAAAGGGCCGGAUAUUGAUUGAAGGAGAGAGAGUGGCUCUUUUGGGGUAUGGAUCAGCCGUUCAAAGCUGUUUGGCUGCUGCUGCCUUAGUAGAACCUCAUGGUUUACGGUUAACUGUUGCAGAUGCACGCUUCUGCAAGCCAUUAGAUCAUGCUCUUGUACGCAGCUUGGCGAAAUCACAUGAGAUAUUGAUCACCGUGGAGGAAGGGUCAAUUGGCGGUUUUGGAUCUCACGUCGCUCAGUUCAUGGCCCUGGAUGGAGUUCUUGAUGGAAAUUUGAAGUGGAGGCCACUGGUUCUUGCAGAUCGGUACAUUGACCAUGGAUCCCGGGCCGAUCAACUGGUGGAAGCAGGGCUUACACCAUCUCAUAUUGCGGCAACAGUCUUUAAUGUACUUGGGAAAGCUCGAGAGGCUUUGGAGAUUAUGUCCGAGGUCUACAAAUUGUAUAAAUCGAAUGCUUCGUGAUUGUUUCAAGUGUAAAUCAUAGUCAUAGGAUGAUAAAGACAGAAUGUUUCGAAGAAUUAUAAGACAGUAUCAAGAUAGAACAACCAAUUCUUCGUGAAUAUUCCGAUUCAAUGCCAAAGAGUUUCAGUCUUAGCAUAUUAUUGCUUAGGAAUAUUAUGUUGAUGGACACAUUACAGGCACCCCGCUUGAAUAUAUGAACAAAUUAAUUUUCU